AACGAUCUCCAGCGCACAGAGCAGAGACGAGAAGUGUUCCUGUGUGUUAAAGGAGGUGUCGACGACUCGCAGGAGGACAGGGCGAGAAAGAGGACCGGGAGAGACAGUUAAUCUACACCAUUCCUUCACUGUUGGACCUAGAAAAAGGGAGCAAGAGCCCUCAUUUUCAUUUUCUAUACAAAAACCACCUGCAGAAGAAAAUAGUCACCAGUGAAUUUUCCCUGACAGCAAGUCUCCAAUAUGUGUCGGAUCUAACAUAGACUAUUAUUGCGUAAACAAGGAAUAUCUCCAUUAGCCUAUUGGGUGGAUGUGGGCACCUUUUUCGUGGAAAUGCCUAAGAUUAUGAAUUUAUCGGUUUUCUUUCUACCGGUUUUAUGGGGUUUGGCGCUUGGUGGCUCUCAAAGUGUACAAAUUGGUGGACUCUUUCCAAGGGGUGCUGAUCAGGAGUACAGUGCAUUUCGGAUAGGAAUGGUUCAAUUCAGCACAUCCGAAUUCAGAUUGACGCCCCAUAUUGACAAUCUGGAAGUAGCGAACAGUUUUGCCGUCACCAAUUGUUUCUGUUCCCAGUUCUCGAGAGGAGUUUACGCCAUCUUUGGAUUCUACGACAAGAAGUCGGUCAACACGAUAACGUCGUUCUGCGGGACUCUCCAUGUGUCAUUUAUCACCCCCAGCUUCCCGCUGGAUGGAACUCAUCAGUUCAUCAUCCAGAUGAGGCCUGACAUCAAAGGACCCCUACUCAGCCUCAUUGAGUACUACAAGUGGGACAAGUUUGCCUAUCUCUAUGACAGUGAUAGAGGUUUGACCACGCUGCAGGUGGUGCUGGACAUGGCUGCGGAGAGGAAGUGGCAGGUGACGGCCAUUAACGUGGGCAACCUGAAGGACGAGAGGAAAGACGAGGCCUACCGCUCCCUCUUCCAAGACCUGGAGAACAAGAAGGAGAGACGGGUCAUCCUUGACUGUGAACAGGACAAAGUCCGAGACAUUAUGGAGCAGGUCAUCACCAUUGGCAGACAUGUGAAAGGCUACCACUACAUCAUUGCAAAUUUGGGUUUCGUGGAUGGGGACCUCUCCAAAAUCCAAUAUGGCGGAGCCAACGUGUCAGGUUUCCAGAUUGUGGAUUUCGAUGACCCGUUGGUAUCCAAAUUUGACCAGAGGUGGGAGGCUCUGGAGGAGAAGGAAUACCCUGGUGCCGACAGUAAGAUUAGGUACACGUCUGCGUUGACCUAUGACUCGGUGCAGGUGAUGACGGAGGCCUUCCGCUACCUGCACAAGCAGCGCAUUGACAUCGCCAGGAAGGGCAACAACGGUGACUGUCUGGCCAACCCCGCCGUGCCCUGGGCGCAGGGAGUGGAGAUCGAGCGUGCACUAAAACAGGUUCGUGUGGACGGCCUCACAGGGAACAUUCAGUUCGAUCAACACGGCAAACGAGUCAACUACUCAGUUAAUAUCAUGGAGCUGAAAAAUAAUGGUCCUGUGAAGAUUGGAUAUUGGAACGAAGUUGACAAAAUGGCUGUCACAAAAUCAGAUGUGUUCCCGAAUGACACAACCGGGAUGGAAAACAAAACUGUCAUUGUGACCACAAUCUUGGAAGCCCCAUAUGUAAUGCUUAAGAAGAAUGCUGACCUUUUUCUAGACAAUGAAAGAUACGAGGGCUACUGUGUAGAUCUGGCCGCUGAAAUAGCCAAGCACUGCGGCUUCAAAUACCAGCUUAAAAUUGUGGGGGAUGGAAAAUACGGAGCCCGAGACGCUGAGACCAAGAUCUGGAACGGAAUGGUGGGAGAGCUCGUCUAUGGGAAAGCUGAUAUAGCCGUGGCACCGUUGACCAUCACCCUCGUCCGAGAAGAAGUCAUUGACUUCUCCAAGCCCUUCAUGUCCUUGGGGAUCUCCAUCAUGAUCAAGAAGCCCCAGAAGUCUAAACCUGGAGUCUUCUCUUUCCUGGACCCUCUGGCCUACGAGAUCUGGAUGUGCAUCGUGUUUGCCUACAUCGGUGUGAGCGUGGUGCUCUUCCUGGUCAGCCGAUUCAGCCCAUACGAGUGGCACACAGAGGAGUACGAGGAUGGCCAGAUCCAGACUAAUGAAUCGACCAACGAGUUUGGGAUAUUCAACAGUCUCUGGUUCUCCCUCGGCGCCUUCAUGAGACAGGGCUGUGACAUCUCGCCAAGAUCCCUCUCUGGGCGUAUUGUGGGGGGGGUGUGGUGGUUCUUCACCCUCAUCAUCAUCUCGUCCUACACGGCCAACCUGGCUGCCUUCCUCACUGUUGAGAGGAUGGUGUCGCCCAUUGAGAGUGCUGAGGAUCUGGCGAAGCAGACCGAGAUUUCCUAUGGAACACUGGACUCCGGCAGUACCAAGGAGUUUUUUAGGCGCUCCAAAAUUGCCCUAUUCGAUAAGAUGUGGACUUACAUGCGGAGCGCAGAGCCCUCUGUGUUCGUGAAAACCACAGCAGAGGGGGUGCUGCGGGUGCGCAAGUCCAAGGGCAAAUACGCCUAUCUGCUGGAGUCCACCAUGAACGAGUACAUCGAGCAGAGGAAGCCCUGCGACACCAUGAAGGUCGGCGGCAACCUGGACUCCAAAGGCUAUGGGAUCGCCACGCCCAAAGGAUCCUCAUUAAGAACGCCAGUAAACCUUGCGGUAUUGAAACUCAGUGAGCAAGGCGUCUUAGACAAGCUGAAAAACAAAUGGUGGUACGAUAAAGGUGAAUGUGGAGCCAAGGACUCGGGAAGUAAGGAGAAGACGAGCGCACUCAGUCUGAGCAACGUUGCUGGGGUCUUCUACAUCCUGGUCGGCGGACUUGGUUUGGCCAUGUUGGUGGCCUUGAUUGAGUUCUGUUACAAGUCCCGAGCCGAGGCGAAACGAAUGAAGGUGACCUUCACGGACGGGAUGAGGAACAAAGCGAGGCUGUCUAUAACGGGGAGUACUGGGGAGAAUGGCCGUGUGAUGACUCCAGAGUUUCCGAAAGCAGUGCAUGCAGUACCUUACGUGAGACCUGGCAUGGGAAUGAACGUCAGCUUGACGGAUCUCUCCUGAUCGAUAAGAACCUUUCGAGUGCCUUACACUGGUUUCAAUAGAGCGGUUUUCAUAUUUUUCCCCCGCCCCUCUUUCUUCGCACUUUCUUUCUCUCCAUCUUCGUUGAAUGGGUCGAGGGGCCUCACAUUAUGGUGGCAUGAAGACGUUUCCUUCUUUUCGCUCUCUAUUCCUCACUAAACAAAAGACUCUCCCUCUCGAUGGAAUUUCAUCUCAGAAUAAAAAGGGAGGUCUUUUUUUGUAACCCGGUGACAUCAUCAUUUACUAUCUCUAUCUGAGUAUUAGGAGGCUUUAUUGACUGUAACAGCUGCUAAUGGGAGGUCUGUCAUCUCAACUGGGGGGAAGUUAUUGUUUCUGUAGCCUCCAUGCCAACCCCGGGAUCCUUCAAGCAUACUUGACUUAAUUUGCAUUGAGAUGUGAAAUGUCCUUUUUUUUUUUUUUUAUUGAAGAAAAACGAUAUGGUAAAAAUCUUUUUAUGUAUUUUCACAAAAUGGCUUUUAAAUAAACCUGCUUACAUACUGGUUGAAUAUAAACAUAUUAAUAUGUGAGUAUAGUGAAAUAACAAUAGCUUAACAUCUUCUAGUUCCAUAUUUAAAAGCCCAAUAUGUUGCUUACGGGGGUGAAAUGUUUAAAUCAUGUAAUUUAUUACUAUUAUAAACUUUCCUGUAAAUCUUAUUCUUUAACAUUUGCUGUUGAUAUAAAAUACUUAGCAAUGCUUGACAUAUGAAAUCAAUAAUUUUCCUAUGUCUUUUAAGUGGGUGACACAAUUAUGUUUAUUUUUUAUUUUUAUGUUAUUUGUUUGUUUUGAAGUAUUUUGCUGUUGGUAUUUCUUUCUGUCAACGAUCAGGGUAGUGGUCCAGUCCAUGACAUCCCACUCUACCGUAUUAUAUGUUUUGCUGUGAGAGGAAAAUAAACACACAUAUGGUCAAAAUGGUCGUUUAAAAAUGCCAAAUAAGUAAAGAGUGCCAAAAUGUAGUGCCAGUAGGUAUGAAUAUAGUCCUAAUAUAAUCAGUCACUGUCAUCCAAGCGAAUGUAAUCAAUACAUUCUGUACGUUUUGUAACAGUUUUAUGGCUAAGACUUUUUGUACAGUUUUAUGGCUAAGACAGGUAUAUUUCAACAGCUUUUUUUUCUCUUCAGCUUUCAAGUUAACUCCACGUACUUUGUAUUAACCUGAGUGUAAAAUAGCACUAGUUGCAUGUCGCUGCCUCAAAUACAUAUUAUUUAAUUUAAUUUUGCUUUUAAAAUGUUGACUAUAUGCCUUUCCAUUUUAAUGUUGAAGUUGUGAGACUAAAUGUUUGAGAUUGGAAAUAGGAUAGUAGACAUAAUAUAUAUAUAUUUUAUAUUUUAUAUUCCAAGUAUAAAUAAUACCUUCUAAAAUUGUACAACCCUUCACUAAUUAUUAUUAUUGAUUUUUUUUUACAAUUACAUGAGGUACUUACUAAUGUGGAUCAUUUGGCGGCUACAGAUUUUCAAUAGCAGUUAUUUGUAGGAUACGUUUCCAAGCAAAUGUUACAUUGUUGGAUACAACACAUCCCCAAUAAGCUUUUUUAGGUAGGAGCUUUGAAACAGCUUUUACAGACACGCACCUCUGAUUUAGGCACACAUGGACGGUUUCAGAAAGACCAUUGUUACGUUUGUAUUUGAAUAACCUGAUCUAACAUGCGAUAACCUCCUUUCACAUAAUUGUAAAGGGAUCAAUGUACUAUUGGUAUCACUUUUUGUGGUAAACAAUACAACAGGAUGUUAUCUAAUCAACCUCAUCAUCACAUAUCCAGACUACUCUCACUGACAUUUUGUAUAUGGAAUGUGUGCUAACUUGUUUAUUUUUGGGACUCUUUCUAAAUAAAAAGUGGCUAAUCUCUUGUUA